AUGCCUCCGCGGAAGAAAGCAAAGGCGAGUGCAGCUUCGACACCGCUACGCGACACACAGCCUAGGACGCCGCAAGAUUCCGGCCUUGUGCAGUCGCAAGAUGAGCUGCUCAGCGAUCCUUGGGCCGACGAGCAGGAAACACAGCUUCUGAAGAGCAUGAUGAAGUGGAAGCCGACAGGGAUGCACAAGCAUUUUCGCAUGAUUAGCAUUCAUACCGACAUGCGCUCGCACGGAUUCGCGAGCGACGAUGCGCCUCACACGCGCAUUCCUGGUGUGUGGAAGAAGCUAUCACAGUUAUACGACCUAGACGCCCUCGAUACGCGCGAAAACGAGUUCGCUUUCUCCGAAGACCCCGACCCGCUCGACCCUGAAGACGUCAACAACAUGCCUGAAUUCGAGCUGCCAGAAGACGAAUACGGCGAAUUGAUGUGGCAGCAGCGUUUCCAUCGCGAAUCCUCUGCCGCCGCCUCGUCACCACCCAUGAUACCCACCCAGGACUACAAAGACCUCUAUGCGCCAGGCAUCGGCCUGCUCAAAGACCUGCCCGACAGCGUGCGUUCGCAAAAGGCUGAGAGCGUAGCUGAAGCCACACCCGUACCCAAGAACCCAAAGGGCACAAGAGCAGGCAGAGCGGCAAAGGGCAGCAAGGGUACAAAGGCUGGAGCUAAUACUGCGAAGAACACUAAGGCUCAAAGCACCGUAUCUGAAUCCGCAGAAGAAGAAGAUGAUGAUGAUGACGAAGAAGAAUCUAGUGUCGAGUCUGAAGAAGAUAGUGCGCCUACCACUCGCCGAACGAAUCGCGCGAAACCAAAACCCGCGCCAAAGAGAACAAGAAAAAGAUAG